AGGGAUUGUCUGCUGCUCCGCCGGCAACCACGCACAGGGCGUGGCUCUCUCGGCCGCUAUUCUGAAUAUAGAUGCGGUUAUUGUUAUGCCCAUACCUACCCCACAAAUCAAAGUAGAUGGAGUCAGGAAGAACGCGGGUACAGGCAAGGUAUAG